CAGUCCUUGAUUAACAAGAUGCGAGACAAAAAAAGCCAUGAAUUUAUUUUUGUUUUUGCAAAGAUAUAACAUUGAUUAUAUGUCAUAACUUAAAUGGCAUUUCACUUUCUUUCCACAAAACCAAUUUUGCCCUUAAAACCUGAGCAUUAUGGAUUUACAGGAACCUUCCCUUGAUGCUUCUUGUUUACAAACACUGACUAAAAUAGAUAAAAAGAGCGAAAUAAAAUCAAAACAGGAACGUAAACACGUUCUCACAAGCAGCUGCUUGAGGCACAAAAACUUAUUCAUGGUACAAUAACAUCAAAAUGUAUUUUACUAAUUCAAAUCCUGUUUAAAAAAAAUGUUAUUAUUGGGACUUAAUGAAAAUUAGCAUUAUAUUUUGGACAAAAGCCUCAUACGGCAUAUUCAUCUUGCGAGCUAUGCCAUCAAACUGGACGUGUAGUGGGAGUGAGGGUUGUGGGUUCUUUCUUUUAGUCAUUAAAAUAUUAAUAUAAUAUUAAUAUUAUAAUAUUAUAUUAAUAUUAAUAUAACAAUAUUCACACUUUCUGACAUACCGGUACAUAUCAAUACCAUAUCAAAAAUAAUGACAUAAAUCUCAAAAUACAAAUAAAAAGGUUGUGCAUUUAACUGACACACAUCACAUACCUUACAGGCAUUUGUAUACACAUUAUUGAACACAGUGAACAUUUGCAUUUAACUAUCAAUAUAAAUGAACUAUUUAAAUAAAUUACCUAUUUAUAUAGCCAGGGCUACACUUAAAGUACACAAAAUGUCAGAAAUCUGCACUGUCAUGAACAAAAAUUUAAACCUAAUUUUUCGUGAUUUGUUGGAUUAACCCUCUGAGGUCUGAAUCCCAGGCUGUGCACAUCAACAUCACAGAUUUGUACAAAUAAAGUUUAUAACAAAGGCAUGUUAAAUAUUAAGCACUGAAAACAGCUUGGUUGUUGUUGUUUGGAACGUCAUUUAAUGCAUGUUGUUUUGUUGCCAUAGUGAUGCCUUGAUGCUAAAAUGACAUCACAGCAUUUAAACAUGUUUUGGAUGAAAACAUCAGCAUAUGAAAACAGAACUGAAGAGACACUGCAAGCGUUUGAAAGCAGAGGACUAUUUAGUGAAAUUUCUACGUUUCCCUGAGGAUUAACUGCUCUGCAAUUUACCAAGAACUAAAUCAAAAUGAAUGGAAGAGGAGAUGAAUCACAAAAUAACCGUAAUGGCCGACAGGUUAACCCAGAAAAUCUUCCAAGUGGAGAUCAGGAACCAGCUUAUGAACCUAUUGGUGGAUUCUGGGGUUUACUGAACAGUCUUUAUCAUGCUCUCUAUAAUAUCAUUUUUUGGAGGCUGAUUGAGCUGUUAGAUGAAUUAGAGGAACAAUAUGAUGUCUUUGACAUUGACAAUGUCAAUGACGGCAAUGUUAACAAUGUAAACAUUGCCGACAUUGAAAAUGAUGAUUCUGAUGAGGCAUUUGAAGACUGUGAGGAUGUUCACCAGUACAUCCCAGAAGAGGAUCCUCAGCCAGGUGUAUCCAGGAGGAGGCCUAGAGAGAUGGAUGAAGAAGAUGUGGAACCAAACAAAAGAUUCAGAUGGAGCGAGGAGUUUUCUGAUGAUGACUCUGACUUCAUCUCUGCCUGUGACACUGAUAGCGAGGGCUGUCCUCAUGCUGGUAAUAUUGCUGACGAGGACAUCAAUCAGCAGGUAACAGAAGAAGAACAGCUGCCUGUUGGAUCCACGAAAAGGUCCAGAAAGGAAGAUGGAGAUGAAGAAGAGCCUAAUAGCAAACAGUCCAGGCUUGCAAACUCCGAGAGCAGUAGUGAUGAACUUUUUGAAGACGCACAUGAAGAGCUUGACAACCAUGAAACUGGAGGCUCGAGGAAGCGGUCCCGAGAGGAUUUUGAGGAAGAAGAGGAAAACUCGCGUGCUUGCAAAUUUCGGAGGUGUUCAGAUGAGUCCACCUGCACCAGUGAUGACAACUAACACUAUUCCGACGGCGUUUUCAGUAUCCUUUUAGCAGGCUGAUGUCCUACUCAUGUGACCCUGAAUCUUCCUUGCAGGCUGCAAUAAGCUGGGCAUACACUGUGCGAUUUCUUCAGUCGCGUUAUUCAGCUCCUGCUCAAACUGUCCGAUUGACUCGCAGGGGCUAGAAGUUCGUAGGUCACGAUGCAGGGUCUCACACUAUACGGCCCGAUGCUCUGUGCGACCUGAGUGCUCACACUGUGCGUCCAUAGCAUGAAGGUUAAAACACAAAAUCUUACACUAUUUUCACGGUUGUUGCGGUCGCGAUAAUUUUGUGAGGUAACAUCGAAAAGGCUCGGAUGACCUUGCCAAAGUUCUACAAGUCGUGCCUCCAUCGCUUGUGUCCGGAUCACACGCCGCACUGCCGUGCUGUUCCGUCUUUUCGCUUUUAUUUCUGUGUUUGCAGUGUGAGACGCUGCGUUGACACCCUCACGAUGGCCGACAGGAUUUCAAACAGGUUUGAUUUCCUUACGACCAAACGCUUGAUGAUUGGGAGCUGGUCGUGAGGUGUUAAUCGCCUCUCGUUACCCCAUGUAUACGAUGCACGACACGUGAUUAAGGGCAAACUCGGGCCGAUCCCCAAAACGGUCGCACGACUGAAAAAUCGGCUCAAAAUGGGCCAAAAAUCGCAGAGUGUAUGCCCAGCAUUAGGCUGCCGGGGGAUUCCCAUCAUGCACUGGGUGUUUCUUCUUCACCCUCUAUGUAUUAAUAGUCCUCUCUGUGCUGAAUCGUACUUGUUUUUAACCUCUGUCUCUCUUCCACAGCAUGUUUUUAUCCUGUUUUCCUUGCCCCUCCCCAACCGGUCGCAGCAGAUGGCCGCCCCUCCCUGAGCCUGGUUCUGCUGGAGG